UUCCAAUUUUCCCUGCGGUUUUACCAAUACUGGGAAACCAUCGUACAUGUAUUUAGUUUCUUUGUGUGAAUGCCCACACAGACACCUGUGUACGAUUGUGUGAGUGAGUCGCACAUCGCUGUAUGCGUACCAUUGUGUAUGAACGUAAUGAGCGCAUUUCUAUGUUGAGGCCGAAUCUUUAUAUGUUGAGGUUCUAGUAUAUGCACUUAAAAUUUCCCUCAUGAAUUGAUAUAUCUUAUCUAAUCUUAUCUGAUCAUAUCUUAUCUAAUCUGAUCUGAUCAUAUCUUAUUGUUAUCUUAUCUUAUCUUAUCUUUAUAUCUUACCCCUCUUUGAUCCUUUCACUCUGAUUACCUAUAUUGCUUCGCCCAUUUCAGUUCCACAGACUACAGGGAUACAAAAGCCGACUUUUUCCUCUUCAGUGUUGUGUUAACUUAGGAGUUUCUCUUCGCUCUUUUUCCUCACACUUUUUACGAUACCCCUUUCCCCACUCUACUCGACAACCAGAAAAGGGAGGUCACUUGUACGGUACCCAGACAUUACCCAAGUACCAACUGUUCUUGGACAUAGUGGCGAUGUUUCCUGGCUCAUACCUGAUUGGGCUGACGGACAUCGACGAGGAGGGAAGAUGGAGGUGGGAUGUAGACGGCACGGUGAUGACCUGUGAGAUGUGGGACACAUUGUGGAGGGGAGAUGAACCAAACGGCGGGAAUCGAAACGAGGACUGUGUGGCCUCAGCCAAUACAGGCCCCAACGCAAGCACCACCAUUAAAUUUUUGGACAUUCCAUGCUCCAGAUGGGCCCCUCUCAAAUUCAUCUGCGAGAAAUAUCCUUUAUAGACUCUGGGAAAGACAAACCAAGGCCCGCUUCACCCAGAAAAGAACGUGGAACAAGAAACAGUAAUCUCCGCGAUGCGAAAUGUCUCACACCACACUUCAACAGAUCGCAUAAACUUUGUCACCUUCUCACGUUCGCUAGUCGCUAGUUGACAAAAUGGAAUAAGGGGACGAAGACAUAUUGUCUGAUCAGCAGCCACAGUGAAUGUGUUCUUUGUCAUAACUUUUGAUAUAUUACGUGUGCAUAAUAUGUACAUAGUGUCUAAAAAAACAAAUAAAGAUGACCCACUUGAAGUAAACUA